AUGAGGCAUAACCUGAGGCCCAGAACCACAAUCCCUGAUUCAGAUGACGAUUCACAGAUCAGCGAAACGUCAUUGAGGAAUUCAUCUCCCCUCCGUCGAUCAAGUCGAUCGGGACCUUUACGGGCCGGUGGGUCAUCCCUUUCUCAGUCACGCCCGCGCGUCAUCCAAGAUUCCGAGGCAGACGAGGGUGACUAUGUUGGUUUAUCGGACUCGGUGGCACCAGACAAUUUUGCUCCGGGAAUCGCGGUGGUCGUGCCCGUGAAGAAUGAGCCAUCUAGUGACACGAAUUCUCGGAGCUCACUUGGGGAUCAGUCGACGGGCUAUAGUACCCCAGCUACCAGCGUUGGUGCUUCGGUUACCGAGCCCGACACCAAGAUUGCGGCCAAAACUUCAGCGCGUAUCAAUGCCGCUGAUCGCGUAAAGAAAUUACAGUUGAGCUCAUUAUCCCUAGGGGCUUCCAAAAGAGGAAGAAAACGGCCUGCGGCUGUUUUGGCUGAGGAUGAUGAUGCCUCGGAUGUUCCACUGGCUCGUGCCUCUAAAAAAAGGAUGGCAAAACGGCCUGCUCUGGCUGUCCAAACCGACCCCGAGGCUUCCGAUACUGCGCUGGCCCAUGCUCUUCAAAUGGAAGAAUACGAGUACCCACACCCAACAACAGAAGCCCGUUUGCCCGUAGACAAAUUUAUUGAUGAACACAUGGAAUACGACUCGGACCCAGAUUCCAGGCCGGAGUUAUUCUCCCCGUUGAGCCCUGAGCCACCUGGGUUGCUUCCUUCUGGUACCGCUGGCUCGGAUAGAGAGGAUCCUUUAGAAGGCGGGUCUCCCCUUUCAAUUGGAACAGACCUCAAUGACGACUCUGAAGAAGAGCUGCCCCCAACCUGGGAAGAGCAGCGGAAAGCUCGUCGUGCUGAAAAGGACCGAAAGAACCUUGUGCGUAAGCAUCCCACAAUUGGUACCAUGUGGGAUGUGCUCAAAGCACAGCCAAUUAUCCAGCCAAAGGAGGCGAAGCAACCUGCCUCGAUUACUCGGAAACUCAAGGCAUUCCAGCUCGAGGGUUUGAACUGGAUGAUAGCACAGGAGAAAACACAAUACAAAGGUGGCUUAUUGGGUGAUGAGAUGGGCAUGGGAAAGACCAUCCAAGCAGUUUCACUCAUCAUGUCCGAUUUUCCCCAGCCUGACCCAACUCUCGUCCUCGUGCCACCGGUUGCUUUGAUGCAGUGGGUAUCCGAGAUCAAAGAAUACACGAAUGGCAAGCUGAAAGUCUUGGUCUAUCACAAUUCCGACGCGAAAGUCAAAAAGUUGACACCAGCUGAAAUUCGCAAAUACGAUGUCAUCAUGAUUUCCUAUGCAAGUCUCGAAUCCAUUUAUCGCAAGCAAGAGAAAGGCUUCUCUCGCGGCGAGACGAUGGUCAAAGCAAAUAGUGUCAUUCACGCAAUCCACUACCAUCGCCUCAUUCUUGACGAGGCGCAUAGUAUCAAAUCGCGUACCACGGGUGUUGCCAAGGCAUGUUUUGCCUUGGAGGCUAAUUACAAGUGGUGCCUAUCGGGCACACCCGUACAGAACCGGAUUGGAGAGUUCUUUUCCCUGCUACGCUUUUUACAAGUCAAGCCAUUUGCAUGCUACUUUUGCAAGCAGUGCGAUUGCGAACAACUUCAGUGGACCUCGACUAAAGAGGGACGUUGUACCGAGUGCUCUCACACUGGGUUUAUGCAUAUCUCAGUCUUCAAUAAGGAGAUUCUCAAUCCAAUCAUCGAGGGGAAAACUCAGCAACAACGCAAAGAUGGGCUCGACAAGCUGCGUCUCAUCACUGAUCAUAUCAUGCUCCGUCGGAUGAAGCAACAGCAUACAAAGUCAAUGGAGCUUCCACCUAAACGUAUCACGUUGCAUAAUGAAUUCUUCGGCGAGAUUGAACAAGACUUCUCUCGCAGCAUCAUGACGAACUCGACCAGAAAAUUUGAUACCUACGUCAGCGAGGGUGUUAUGUUGAACAACUAUGCCAAUAUCUUUGGAUUGAUCAUGCAGAUGCGCCAAGUUGCCAACCAUCCCGAUCUUAUUUUGAAGAAAAAAGCGCAGGCUGGGUUCAACGUUGCCGUGUGCUGCGUCUGUGACGAGCCUGCAGAAGAUGCGAUUCGGUCUCAGUGUCAUCAUGAGUUCUGUCGUCAAUGCGCCAAGGACUAUAUCCAGUCUUUCCAGGACGAUAGCAAGCAUGUUGACUGCCCACGGUGCCAUAUUGCUCUUUCGAUUGAUUUGGAACAACCUACGCUUGCAGAAUACGAAGAAUCUGUCAAGAAGAAUUCCAUCAUCAACCGCAUCUCGAUGGAGAGUUGGACCUCGUCCACGAAAAUCGAGAUGCUCCUCUACGAACUCUUCAAGGAGCGCAGCAAAAGCCAUACCCCUAAAUCCAUUAUUUUCUCCCAGUUCACAUCCAUGCUACAACUAGUCGAGUGGCGGUUACGCCAUGCCGGGUUCAACACCGUGAUGCUGGAUGGAUCGAUGACUCCGACACAGCGGCAAAAGUCCAUUGAGCAUUUCAUGACUAAGCCCGAGGUUGAGGUUUUCUUAGUCUCUCUUAAGGCUGGUGGCGUGGCACUCAAUCUCACGGAAGCUUCCCGAGUUUUCAUUAUUGACCCGUGGUGGAAUCCUGCCGCGGAAUGGCAAAGUGCCGAUCGCAGUCACCGAAUCGGUCAACAACGACCUUGCGUGAUCACUCGACUCUGUAUUGAAGAUUCGGUUGAAUCACGAAUCAUUCAACUUCAAGAGAAGAAAGCCAACCUCAUUCGGGGUACAUUGAAUAAAGAUCAAGCGGCGGCCUUGGAAAAACUGACUCCGGAGGACAUGCAGUUCCUGUUCCGAGGAACCUAA